CAGGCGCUGAAGUGGCACUUUAUCAGUAGUGUCAGUGCGGGCAGCAUCUCUCCUCAACCCGGCUACAGUAACCGCAGCACACAGCAGAUCCCCCGGAUCGGGACGGGAGGUUGAGUUUUGCUCCAUCCUGCGGAGUCCAUCCAUGCGAUCCGAGCCCGCGUGAAAGCCCACGAUCCACCUGGAUACGCCAGCAUCAGCACCACUGUUAGGAGAACGCGGACGCGAGAAUAUGAUGCUCCAGCAGCGCUUGCUUUUCAUUCUCUGCAGCUUCUGUGGGAUUGUCAUUAAAGAGGCCGCAACGAAAAACAAAGUGAAAGGCAGCCAAGCUCAGUUUCCCAUAACCCAGAAUGUCACGGUGGUGGAGGGCAGCACGGCCAACAUGACCUGCCGAGUGGAUUAUAAUGAUAACACCUCCCUCCAGUGGUCAAACCCAGCACAACAGACCCUCUUCUUCGGGAACAAGAAAGCAUUAAGGGACAACCGGAUUGAACUGGUUCAAGCCUCUUGGAAGGAGCUGACCAUCAGUAUCAACGACGUCACGCUAUCAGAUGAAGGUCAAUACACAUGCUCGCUCUUCACCAUGCCUGUCAAAACUUCCAAGGCCUACCUCACAGUGCUAGGUGUCCCAGCAAAACCAGAAAUCACAGGCCUAUCGAGACCAGCAGCUGAGGGAGAGGACGUCACACUGACAUGCACCACAUCUGGCAGCAAGCCUGCAGCUGACAUCCGAUGGUUCAGGAACGACAGGGAGGUGCAAGGUCAGAAGGAAGUCAACGCAACUGGCAGGUCAUUCACGGUCAGAAGUUCUGUACAUCUCAAGGUGGACAGGAAAGAUGAUGGAGCCGCCUACACCUGCGUGGUGGACCACAUAGCUCUGGGCUCCAUGCCUUACCAGGUCACAGAGGUGCUGGAGGUUCACUAUGCUCCUCAAGUAGAAAUUGUGCACUCAGUAAUAGUACCACAGGAAGGACAGUACUUCAAACUGGAGUGUGUGUCCAAGGGCAACCCACUGCCAGAGCCGGUGUUUUGGACAAAAGAUGGCGGAGAGCUUCCUGAUGUUGAACGAAUGAUCGUGGAGGGCAGAGAUCUCAUCAUCACAACGUUAAACAAAACAGACAACGGCACGUAUCGCUGUGAGGCCACUAACCACCUCGGGACUAACAGCGAUGAAUUUAUCCUGUAUGUGUACGAUCCCAACGCCCUGGCCCAGCACGGCCCCGACCACGCGCUGAUCGGCGGAGUGGUUGCCGUCGUGGUCUUCAUCACCCUGUGCUUCAUCAUCGUCCUGGGCCGCUAUCUGGCCAGGCACAAAGGGACAUACUUAACCAAUGAGGCCAAAGGAGCAGAGGACGCCCCUGACGCAGACACGGCCAUCAUCAAUGCGGAGGGGAACCACGCACAUGCAGAGGAAAAGAAAGAGUACUUUAUUUAGCACCUCUGUCUUUAUCUGUUUAAUAUUGUCACGACAACGACGCCAGCCGGCCAGCAGAGAAGGCGUUAGAGCAUCAGUCUGGUCUGGCUUUCUGUCUCCAUGACUCGUAUAGGGGGUGUUUUGAAACCUCUUUAAGGCCCAAUUCGACAUGGCACGUGCUGCGAAGGAUCUUUUGCAUUUUUUUUAAAUAAAAACAAGCAAAUAAAAAAGCUGUUGAGUUUGUAACUGUAACACCAGGUCCAUUUAGGCCAAAAAAAAAUAAAUAAUAAAAAAUAAAUACCAAUCCCAAUUAUUCCAAAAUCCCCCUUUAUAAUUUGCCAAGUGCCAAAAUAUACAGACAUCUGUUUGUCGUGUUUGUUGCUGUGUUUAUUCAACUUUAUUUCCCAGUGAAUAUAUGAUUUCUCUACCACCCUCACUGUGCCUGUUAUAUACCUUUUUACAGAUAUUACCAGGGAGCGGCAAGAAAUGUGGUUCAUCUCAAGUCGGAAAACCUUGGCUUUGCCAAUAAUUACGCUUUAAGACAAGAAUACGUGAGAUGUAUAAUGUAAAUAUCCUGUUUUGUCUAUUCUUUGUGUGUGUGUGUGUGUCGUUUUUCAUUGUAAAAAUGGGUGGUUUUUUGAAGUACGCCCUGUAAUGAAAAAUGUGUCGAAAUGCAAACAGAUACAAGCAAUUAUGUAAUAUAUGGACACCAUAAACAAACCGGUGGAUGAAAAGUAAUGAAGCACAAUUUGGUGCGUUGCCAUUAGAAACAAGAUUAUUUUCUAUUUCCAUCAUUACCCGUCUGUAUAUUCUUGCACUGUUGAUAUUUGCCCCCGAGGUUUUAUUUCAAAUGUAUCAAACAUAAGCACAAAGUCAUUGUAAGACGUCACUGGUUUAGGCCGUCUCAGGAUGAAAAGAGGAGCAUAAUUAAAUUAGUCAUUUAUUGAAUGGAUUCUUUGUGAACAUUUCGAUCCGAACAGUCAUUUGUUGGACGUUUGAAUGGAACAUAAGCGUCGUUUCAAUUAGAGAAAAGAAACUUUUGCUAUUUAUUUCACUGACGAUCCUUGUUAAUACUGCUGUAUAUUAAUUUGCUAAAGUGAUUAUUGGUGGAAUAUUGCUAAACUAUAGGAUCCCUAUAUAUAUAUAUAUAUA